CUAUCUUUUAUUAUUACUUCGAAAUUCCAAUUAAUGAUGUUCAACUGUCGGUGCAUGCCCGUGAUUUUCUCCGACAAUAAUAUACGCUUUGUCACUUGUACCUAAGCCUUUUAACUCAAAUCACUCCGCUUAGCCCGACAAAACCCUCUUUCCUUAAAAAAAAAUCAAUACUGAUUACUCACUAAUUUCUGAGAUUGUCAUUUUCUUCCAUUUAUUUUGAGUGAAUGGUAGCUAGCUGAUACAGAAAUUAGUUAGAUUGAGAGAAAGAUGAUGGGUUUUUUGAUGAGAAAAGAUGUGAGGAAAUUACUCAAGAGGAAGGACAGUGAUGCUGGUGAAAAAGGAAGAGCAUUGGAGGAGGUACGGGCGUCUUUGUUUAGCAAAUUACGAGAAUUUGGAGGUGGGAAGCGUCAACAAACUACCUUAUGGGGGCCUACGGUUGCUUUGACAUUCAAUUUUUUUGUUUCUGUUAGUAUCAUCUUGAUGAACAAAUUGGUUCUUGUUACAGUCGGAUUUAACUAUCCAAUUUUCCUCUCUUUCCUACAUUAUGUCUGUAGCUGGUUGAUAAUGGCAAUUCUUAAUGCUCUCUCCAUCCUUUCCUUGUCUACGCCAUCAAAAUCGACAAAAUAUUCAUCGUUGUUGUCUCUUGGUAUAGUUAUGUCACUUUCGACUGGGCUUGCAAAUGUGAGUUUGAAGUAUAAUAGUGUAGGAUUUUAUCAGAUGGCAAAGAUUGCAGUAACACCAGCUAUUGUUUUAGCUGAAUUUGUUCUCUUUCGGAAGAAAAUUUCUUUCUUAAAGGUGCUUGCACUCACUGUUGUAUCAGUAGGUGUUGCUGUUGCUACGGUGACAGAUUUGCAGUUUCAUUUCUUUGGUGCUUGCAUUGCAGUAGCAUGGAUAGUACCAAGUGCAGUUAAUAAAAUACUGUGGUCCAAUCUCCAGCAGCAGGAGAAUUGGACUGCCCUGGCGCUAAUGUGGAAAACCACACCGAUUACAUUAUUCUUUCUGGUGAUGUUGAUGCCAUAUCUUGAUCCUCCCGGUGUCCUUUCAUUUAAGUGGAACUUUUACAACUCGACAAUCAUUGGUGCAUCGGCUGUUCUUGGUUUCUUGCUUCAGUGGUCAGGUGCUCUCGCACUUGGGGCAACAUCUGCAACAACUCAUGUGGUACUUGGACAAUUUAAAACGUGUGUCAUUCUACUCGGAGGUUUUCUUAUCUUUGGUUCAAAUCCGGGUCCAAUUAGCAUACUAGGAGCCAUUACGGCUCUUGUUGGUAUGUCUCUCUACACUUACCUUAACUUGCAGCCCUCGUCCUCUAAACAAUCUCUAUCGAAAUCAAAGCUAGGCAAAGAAAAUGCAGAUGGAAGUCAUGCUGAUGAAUCUGUGUAGUGAAACUCUGGACCAACAGAUUAAGUUUUGUGAAUGGAGGAGCAAUUCACUAACCACGUAAAGCUUAUCGCCCCCCUGUAUUUGGUAACAAAUGAUAGCUAACAUGAGCGUUUUAUAAAGUUACGUUGUAUAUUCAAGUACAAUGACUUUUGCUAUACGUAAUGUUUGUCAAGGGGACGAUUGGAUUCGUCUUCUUGAACAGUUAGCU